AUGGUUCUAACAAAAGAAUACAGGAUUUGCAUGCCUAUUACUGUGGAAGAGUAUCGAAUAGGACAAUUGUAUAUGAUAGCUCGUCAUAGUUACGAACAAUCUACAACUGGCGAAGGAGUGGAGGUUAUAGCUAAUGAAGAAGUAACUGAUGAAGUAAACGGUGUUGGACAGUUCACUGAGAAACGAAUACAUCUCUCAAGUCACUUACCAUAUUGGAUACAGAAUAUUAUACCCCGAGUAUUUUAUGUUACUGAAAAAGCAUGGAACUAUUACCCAUACACAAUAACAGUUGAUUAUUACUAUGUUACUAAUUGCUCCUUUAUCCCAAAAUUUUCAGUAUCUAUACAAACUAGAUAUGAGGACAAUAAUGGAACAACUGAAAAUUGCUUAUGCCUUUCUGAGGAAGAGAUUGAACAAAGACAAGUUGAUAGUCUUGAUAUUGCAUAUGAUGAAAUCAAACCACAUCAUUAUAAGGAGACUGAAGAUCCUAAACUUUUUAAGUCCGAAAAAACUGGCCGUGGACCUCUGACCGAGGGCUGGCGUGAUACACAUAAACCCAUCAUGUGUUGCUAUAAGUUGGUAAAUGCAAAGUUUGAAGUAUGGGGACUGCAGACAAAAGUUGAAGAUUAUGUACAAAGUGCAAUCCGUGAAAUUCUUUUACUUGGACAUCGUCAGGCAUUCACAUGGAUGGAUGAAUGGUUCAACAUGACACUUGAAGAUGUGAGAAAUUAUGAAAAGGACAUGCAGGCAAAAACAAAUAUCAAGGUAAAGACUGCUCUUGAGAAUGCAGAGGGUGAAAGCCAAUCUCCACCUCCUACCCCGAAAUCGCCAAAAUCUCCGAAAACCCCGAAAACCCCAUCAACAUCUGGGACACCCACAGAGACAAAGUCUUGGUUUUCGUGGUCCUAA